CAAGUACCCAACCACUCCUUGAUUCCCCUUUCCUCCCUCUCGCAUUCGUCUCCACCAGCCGGUCGGACUUCUUGCGCUCCAAGAACUCGGCGAGGAUGGAAAUGUUUUUUGGCAGCUUUCUCAGUGAAUCAGUAUCACCGCAGAACCUUUUCGGACACCCGGAUGUUGAGAAAUGCCCAUUCCUGAGGAAUAUCAAUGGAGCUACAACCUUUUCCCUCGCUUCUGCUUUGCCAGUAGCUGCUCAAGGAGGCAAGGGUCCAAUUUUUGAGGAAGGGUCAGGCUUUGAGUCUGCAUUCAAGCUUUUCCAUGGCCGAGAUGGAAUAGUUCCCCUUUCAGAAAGAUCAUAUGUAUCUGAUGAAAACCACAAUGAGAGCAUUGAUGUCAGGACUGAACCUGCUCUGCCGUUUAAUCCAUUGGCUGCUAGAGCAGCCACAAUAAGUCUAUCAGCAUUUGGACCAUUUGGUUUUGGCUUUUUCAACGGCAAGGGCAAAAGGCAGAACAAGAAACCCAACAAUCUAGAUCAGUCCCACCAGAAGCCCAAGACACCAGAUCAGUCUUCCAUGAAACAAAAAGGAGUCAACCCACCAUCACAUGAGGCAUUCAGCGAUGAGUGGUUGGAAAAUGGCCAGUGCCCACUUGCGCGGUCUUACCGGGCAAUGAGUGGUGUUUUGCCCCUCGUUGCCAAGGCCUUACAGCCACCAGCUGGUAUGAAGCUGAAGUGCCCACCUGCUGUGGUUGCUGUCCGAGCUGCCCUUGCGCGAACUGCGCUUGUGAAAUCCCUCCGACCACAGCCCCUGCCCUCAAAGAUGGUAGCCAUUGCACUACUGGGGAUGGCAGCAAACAUCCCUCUUGGGGUGUGGCGGGAGCACACCAAGAAGUUCUCUCCUCAGUGGUUUGCAGCUGUCCAUGCCGCUGUUCCGUUCAUUGCAAUGCUGAGGAAGUCUGUUGUGAUGCCCAGGACUGCGAUGGCAUUCACCAUAGCAGCCUCCAUUGUUGGCCAGACAAUUGGGUCAAGGGCUGAGCGCAUCCGUCUAAGGAAUCAGGCGGCAAAUGGUACUGGUGAUUCUUCAACGCACACUGCUAUGUAUCCAAACAAGAAUGGGCAUUGCAGCGACACUGAAGGCAAGGCAUGGGACCCUCUUGCGACGAAGAUAACAGGCUCAACUGCUAGGGGUUCUCCUGCACCAACCCCAAGCGUGUGCUUCUGAUUGUGUUAAGCAUGUGAUUCACGCACACCUGUGAAGAGAUUAUACAUGAACCAGUUUAUCUUAUAGUGCCAUGUAAUUGCCUUGUGUGUCCCAGAAAACUGAGCUGCCCGUGUGCGAUAAGUAGAAUAAGAGGUGCUACCCCACUGUUUGCUGUGUUGCUAUGGUCGAGAUUGAUGUAUUGAUGCUGCUGCAUUUCUUUCUUUUUGUUAAUGUGUGGUGGCGUUUCUCGCUUCUGUAAAGCAGCUGAAGCUGUCACAUCAUUUGAUCAGUUGAAGCUGUAUGUUACCAUGUGUGUGCCAUUUAAUGUUUGGAGUUAUGAAAUGAGGCACAUGUCUCGACCCUGAAAUAAC